UCUCGUGUGCAGCCAUGAAGUCUGUGAACUCUGUUCCCCAGAACACAAGCUGUGCCAUCAUGACUUUUUACCCAACCAUGGAAGAAUUUACAGAUUUCAACAAAUAUGUUGCUUACAUGGAGUCCCGAGGCGCACACCAAGCUGGCCUCGCCAAGGUAAUUCCACCCAAGGAAUGGAAAGCCAGAAAGACCUAUGAUGAUAUUGAAGACAUCUUAGUCACCACUCCCCUCCAGCAGGUGACCUCUGGGCAGGGAGGUGUGUUUACUCAAUACCAUAAAAAGAAGAAGGCCAUGACGGUUGGGAAGUAUCGCCAUUUGGCAAACAGUAAGAAAUAUCAGACUCCACCACACCGGAAUUUUGAAGAUUUGGAGCAACAAUACUGGAAGAGCCACCCCAGUAAUUCACCAAUUUAUGGUGCUGAUAUUAAUGGCUCCUUAUUUGAAGAAAACACUACACAGUGGAACCUAGGACACCUGGGAACAAUUCUGGACCUGCUGGAGCAGGAAUGUGGGGUUGUCAUCGAGGGCGUCAACACCCCCUACCUGUACUUUGGCAUGUGGAAGACCACGUUCGCUUGGCACACGGAGGACAUGGACCUUUACAGCAUCAACUACCUGCACUUCGGGGAGCCCAAAACAUGGUACGCAGUGCCCCCAGAACAUGGCCAGCGCCUGGAGCGCCUGGCCAGUGAGCUUUUCCCAGCCAUUUCCCGGGGCUGUGAGGCCUUCCUGCGCCACAAGGUGGCCCUCAUCUCCCCUGCCGUUCUCAAAGAGAACGGGAUUCCGUUCAAUUGCAUGACUCAGGAGGCUGGGGAGUUUAUGGUGACCUUUCCCUAUGGCUAUCAUGCAGGCUUCAACCAUGGCUUCAACUGUGCAGAGGCCAUCAACUUUGCCACUCCACGAUGGAUUGAUUAUGGCAAAGUGGCCUCUCAGUGUAGCUGUGGGGAGGCGAGGGUGACCUUUUCCAUGGACGCCUUCGUGCGCAUCCUGCAACCUGAGUGCUAUGGGCUCUGGAAACACAGGCAAGGUUCAGCCUUUGUGGAUUACAUGGAGCCCAAGGUUGCAGAAAUCCAGGAAGAGAGCACCUGGAGGGAGGAUAGAGCACUUAGGAGAGCUGCUCUGGGCCUGAGGCAGCUCCCUAACCACAUAGCCAGCCGUCCCACACAGACUGUGCCUGCAGGGCUCUGUUACAACCCCAAGGGCCUUGGCACCGAUGCUGUGCCAGAAUCUGAAAUCCAAACCCUUGGAAUGUCAGCCUGGGUUUUUCGUGCUUCCACUGGAAGGCACCGUGGCCGUGGCCGCGGUCGAGGUCGAGGUCGAGGUCGAGGUCGUGGUCGUCGUCGUGGUCGUGGUCGUGGUCGUCGUCCUCGAGAACUGGGGACUGAGGAGACAACUGUUCAGUCUGCAGCCAAUGGGCACCUCUCACUGGAGACAUGGAGCAGAGUUCAAGGCUGCAAACCUCACUUCCAGUAUGCUGAUGAAACUUUGAUGGGCAAACCCACAUCUUCGAGCAGGGGCCUUCUGCAUCUUGCCAAGCCUUCUGGCUGCUGCUGUGCCUCUGAUCUUCAACCCUUGGGGCCCCCGCUGGAUCCUGAUGAACCGAUGCACCCUGGCCCGUGCCUGGCGUCCCUUGACAGCAUUGUUAGUAAUCUCCCUGAUGUUCUCAUCGCUCCUCCCAAUGUCACUGUGCCUUUGAUUAAGUUCCCCAGGGACACGGGUGGGGACCAGAAAACUGUGCUGAACGUGGCCAAGGUUGUAGCAAUGGAACAUUCUUAUGCCUCUAGGGUUCUGUUCCCAACUACGUUUUCCAGAAUUUCCUGGGCCCCUGACUCAUCUGCUGGGCCUAAAGCCAGACAGAGAUAUGCCACUGACUUUGGAGACAUUUUCCUCCAAACCAUGAUCACUCCUCUGGACCCAUGGCUAUGA